UGCAGCUGUAGUGGGGGAAGGGGUUGCCGAAGUUGACGGAACCGCCAUCUUGAAAAGUGCCCUCUGAUGAUCUACCUUUUCGCGCCUGUCAGAAUCACUUUUAAACGCUUUAUUUUCCCCACCGGGGUUCCGUGUUGGCUCAGCGUCCGUCUUCUAAAGGCCCGGGGCUAAUGGCAAGAUAAGCCACAUGCUGGAGACUCUCCGUUUACCGUUGUCUAUCGGUGUGUGCUGUUGAACUGCUGUAUGUGUGCUGUUUGUCAGUCUGUCCCUCACUGCUGUCUGCCUGCCUGUCCAUCCGGCUAGCCUGGAAUGGGCCACAACUCCCAAAGACUAAAACACACCUCCUUUUAACCUGAGCUCCUCCGUCUGGACUCCAACAUACACACAGAGACAAGAUGUUUUGGAAGUUUGACCUCCACACCACAUCCCACAUUGACACACUGCUAGAGAAGGAGGAUGUGACGCUGACAGAGGUGAUGGAUGAGGAUGACGUCCUGCAGGAGUGCAAGGCCCAGAACCACAAAUUGGUGGACUUCCUGCUGAGACCACAGUGCAUGGAGGACCUGGUCACCUACAUCACACAGGAACCCAGCACUGAAGUUGAAGAGAAAGUUAAAUACAAGUAUCCUAACAUAUCAUGUGAGCUGCUUACGUCAGAUGUAAGCCAGAUAAAUGACAGACUUGGAGAAGAUGAAAAACUGCUGAUGAAACUUUACGGCUUCCUCCAGAAUGAGCCACCUCUCAACCCGCUCCUUGCCAGCUUCUUCUCCAAGGUCCUGUCCAUUCUUAUUGGACGUAAGCCUGAACAAAUCGUGGAUUUUCUGCGAAAGCAGGAUGACUUUGUAGACCUGAUGAUCAAACACAUAGGAACAUCAGCCAUCAUGGACCUGCUGCUCAGAAUGCUCACCUGCAUUGAACCACAACAGCUCCGACAGGAUGUUCUCAACUGGCUGAAUGAGGAGAAGGUGAUCCAGAGAUUGGUGGACAUGGUACAGCCUUCUCAAGAUGAGGAUAGACACUCCAAUGCCUCCCAGUCACUGUGUGAGAUCAUCAGACUGAGCAGAGAUCAGAUGUUCCAGGUUCAGGGUUGCUCGGAGCCUGACCCACUUCUGGCAACACUUGAAAAACAGGAGACGGUGGAGCAGCUGUUGUCUAAUAUCUUUGACAAGGAGAAGAAUGAAUCUGCAAUCGUCAGUGUUAUCCAGAUCCUCCUCACAUUGUUUGAAACCAGGAGACCAGCGUUUGAGGGUCAUAUGGAUUGCCCCCCAGGGAUGUCCCAUCCGUCAUUUUCAGUCAACCACAGCAUCCUGGAGGCGGUGAGACCCCGACUCAAAGACUUUCACCAGCUGCUACUGGAACCCCCAAAGAAGAAUGUGAUGAAAACAACAUGGGGGGUGCUGGACCCUCCAGUGGGCAACACCAGACUCCACGUGGUCAGACUGGUGGCCAGUCUGCUGCAGAGCAACACACACAGCAUCAACACAGAACUCAUUAACCUCAACACACUGGGAGUCAUACUAGACAUGUAUUUCAAAUACAUCUGGAACAACUUCCUCCACAUUCAGGUUGAAAUUUGUACAGCCAUGAUUCUUGCUAUGCCCCCCGCCCCCAGUGACAUCCAGCCAGAUACAGAGCAUGAACAUGCAAGGGAGAGCAUCCUCAUCAAACAUCUUUUUCAAAAGUGCCAGUUUAUUCAGAGAAUCCUAGACGCCUGGAGCUCCAAUGAGAAAGAACAGGCUGAAGGUGGUCGGCGACAAGGCUACAUGGGUCACCUGACUAGAAUAGCCAACUCUAUAGUUCAUAACUGUGAAAAAGGCCCUAAUGGACCACAGAUACAACAGCUCAUCUCAGAGCUCCCAGUAGAGGACAGAGAGAAAUGGGAGGCCUUUAUUUCUGGGCAGCUGGCUGACACAAACAAGAGAAACACUGUCGACCUGGUAAACACACACCACAUCCAUUCUUCCAGUGAUGAUGAGGUGGACUUUAAAGACAGUGGCUUUCACCAGGACUCCUCUCUACAACAAGUAAGACCAAAAUACACAUAUGCACAAACACGUAUGUGCACACAAAGCAGGCCCAUAGCCACACAGACCAAACGUGUUCAAAAGUCUUUCCAAGCUAAUCUUAGACAUAGACUUCUUUUAUACCAUAUUAGCUUUGUUUGGUUAUACAUGGACAUCUCAUUUAUUGAGGAAAGUCUUUUAAGCAGUGUCAGUGGUCAGUAUUGUCUCAUCAGCUCCUUGGCAUUAGUAUACAAUCUCAAAGCAGUUUCAUAAAAUAAAAGUACAUGC